CGCACGUUUUCAGCGGCGAUUUUAGGGUUAACAUAAAUAACAACAACGUGUUUAUUCUCGUAAACAACACGCGAUUUCCUUGGAGCAGUGUGUGCUAAUUUGGGAAGAAGAAAAUGACGACCCGGCCGCCGGUGACUGCAGCUCGCACGAAAAAACAGAAUCACGCCAACAUACCAUGCCCAAUAGAAAACUGCGCACGAUUUACUUACGGGAAACUUCCAGACCAUCUCACUAAAAUCCAUGGACUUACAGGAGCGGAACGAGAUACACUCAACGAACAACAGCGCAAGAGGUUUUUCAACGGCGAACUCUGUCAAGUUCGAUAUCUUAAGGAAUCUGCUAUUCGUGACCUUUGGGGAUCAGAUUACGACGACCCCCGGAUAAAAGCAAAAAUACACCAAAGUUACAGUCUCGUCAAAAUUCGGAUAAUACCUUUAGCGGCAACACAGAGAGCUCGACCACUUACAGAACAAGAUGCCAAUGUUCUAACCGCUUAUAAUGCUCGUACGGCUCCACGUCCCGCCCGUGUUCAGCGACAGAGAACGAGACAACGCCCCUACCCAGCUCCUGAGGCCAGUCCUACAGAAUGCAGAAUCUCAACCGAAUCUAGUGAAGAAGAGAAUACUCGCAAUACAUUACCACCGUCACCACCGCCAUCUUCACCUUCUCUGCCUCCUUCGCCAGCGCCUUAUGAGCUACAACCUGUUGAAACUCGAUUGCGGGACAUAUUCGACUCUAAAGUCGAUGCUGGAUACAAGGCUGUAAUUGAUGAUAUGAAAAAAUCAAUGACCAUGGGAAGGACUCUCGGACCUAGAAAACGAAAGGCAUAUCGUACAUACAGACGAUAUGCAAAACGAUUGAUAGCAUACCUUCAUAAACAGCAUUCUCCGUUGGCGUAUGAUGUUGACGUGCUUUUAUGCGGAGAGAGACAAGUGUGCUCUUUUCUGGAUAGAAUCAGCACUGAACACAAAAUGAAGACUUUAAGGAAUUAUAUUGUAGCAGCUAUUAAAUUACUGGACUCCCGUCUCUUCGCUAUAGAAACUGAUCCGUCUUGUAAAGAAAAAGUAGCAUCAAUGACAAGGGUAUAUGAAGUUCUGCACGGUAGACUAAUGGCUUGUGAUAGAUUGCUCGCUCAAAAGGACGACGCCAUCCAAAAGAAAACUGCCUCUAGUUUCGAUAGUGAUGUUCUGGAUCAAACUUUCAAUGACAAUUAUGACGAACUGGUGUAAUUUUAUACAUUAGUGUAUUAUAUAGGCACAAGUUUUCUUUUUUGAGGAUAACUGUAUUUAAAAGUUCAAUAAGUUAUCGUAUCAAUAAAUAUUAAUCAAGAGGUGCCAAAUAUUUUGCAAUAAUCUUUUAGUAAUCAUAAUGAUGCUCCAAACUGUUUUAUGUAAAUAGAUCUAUUUAUAGGUACUAUUUAUUCUUAAAUAAUUGUUAGGUAUGAAUUAGGUCUGAUUAAAUUAUGACGUAAUUAUUUUGUAAAAAGUCACAAUACGUGUUACAAGCAAUAAGCUUCGUUUGAACCGCAUAAUAUUAAGAGAAAUUGUAAAUGGUAGUAUAAUUUAUGUGUACCUAUUUAUCAGUAGUAGAUAUUAAAGAUAACACAGAAUCAUACACUUUCACUUACGUGCAAUAAUGGAAUACCAAAUAUUAGUAAAAUAUUUGCUUAAAUCUUAUAUA